GCUCCACAUGACAUUUAUAGAGGUUGUCAUACUGUACCUGUCUCCUGCCUGGCCACAGCAACUGGUUUGGCUCAUCAGGACACUGGUGGAAGAUGCUGCUUCCCCUUCUGCUCACAAGUGCUUUUGUCCUUCUUCCCUGCCCUGGGGCUGAAAGGAUCAUUGGUGGACGGGAAGUGAAGCCCCACUCCAGACCUUACAUGGCUUAUUUAAAGAUUCAAAUUGGCUCAAAAACUAAUUACUGUGGAGGGUUCCUGAUUCGCCCAGAUGCAGUGCUCUCAGCAGCUCACUGUGUGGAUAAGGAAGGGACACUGAGGAUCACUGUGAUUCUGGGAGCCCACAAUGUGAGCAACCGAGAGCCGAGCCAGCAGAGGGUCCGUGUUGGACACUGGGUCAUCCAUCCCAACUAUUCCCGUGCUGGCUUCAAAAAUGACAUUGUGCUGCUGAAGCUGCAGCCAAAGGCCAGGAUCAAUAAGAACGUGCAACUUAUCUCCUUUCCCAGGAGCAAGGGACAUGUGAGAGCAGGAGCUGAAUGUAAGGUGCCUGGCUGGGGCUGGACAUCUGUGACAGGACACAGGACUAAUGUGAUGAGGGAGGUGGAACUGAAGGUGCAAAAUGAGGCAAUAUGUCAGCUGCAAUUCUGUGACUACCAGCGUCAGUCUAUGAUCUGUGUUGGGGAUGACUACAAUAAAAAGGCAUCUUACUAUGGUGAUUCUGGUGGCCCGUUAGUCUGCAAUCAGAAGGCUCAUGGCAUUGUUUCUCAUGGACAUAAACACCGCCUCUUCCCUGAGGUAUUUACCAGAAUCUCGUAUUUUGAGCCCUGGAUACGUGAGCAGCUGAGGAGGUUUGCACUCCAAGGCUCUCCAUCUGACUAAAAUGCUCCACAACGCAUCAAACACCUGCUGGUGCUCAGAAGCUUCCAGGGGCAGCUGAACUGGAGUCAGAGAAGCCCCCAUGGUGCAGACACAGGCUUUUGCACUGAGGAAAGUCUCUGUGACAAGGUAAAAAUGCAAGUCCUAAGUACACACAGCUUCCCGUUGUUCCCUUUCUCCCAUUGCUGUUCCAGCUCUGCUUUCUGGCCAUCAAUAAAAGCAUAUUCAAACUUG